AUGGCUAAGAGAUUCGCAACUCAACUCUUCGUAAGCCGGUUAUCUGCGUACACCACAGAUCGAUCACUGAGGCAGCUUUUCUCUCCUUUUGGUCAAAUUAAAGAUGCUCGGCUUAUUAGAGAUCCAGAAACGCAGAGACCCAAAGGAUUCGGCUUCGUCACUUACGAGUCUGAAGAUGAUGCCCGAAAGGCAAUCAAAAGCCUUGAUGGGAAGAUUGUAGAUGGUAGACUAAUAUUUGUUGAAGUUGCCAAGAACGUAGAGGACGAGACAACGAAUAUGAACACUGAGAAAGCUCAAAAUCACGAGUAA